UGGAAAAACUGCGUUUCUGAACCUUGAGAUGCAUUUGUGAAGAUAAAGGUCAUGCCGCUUAAUGACUGAUCUCAGAAGCUGGCCAUGGCUGUCACCAAGAUCAUCCUUCCUCUCCUGGUUGGGCUCAGCGCUUACUAUUACUACUCGCAGGAAACUUUCUCUGCAGAGAUGGUGCGAGGGAUGCGUGUGCUGGUGACCGGGUCAAGCUCAGGCAUUGGGGAACAAAUAGCCUACGAAUUUGCACGAAUGGGGGCUCAUCUCAUGCUGACCGCCAGGAGGGAGGACCGACUGCAGAAGGUGAUGCAGAAGUGCCAAAAGCUGGGAGCCAGUUCUGCCCACUACGUGGUUGCAGACAUGAGCAAUCUGACUUCUGCCCAGAAGGUUGUUGAAGAAACUAAGACCACGAUGGGAGGUCUCGACCAGCUAGUUCUGAACCACGCUGGAGGAACAUCGUUCGGUCCAUUCCAAGGAACGAUAGAGCCUGUGAUCCGAUCUAUGAAUGUGAACUUCUUCAGCUACGUCCAGCUAACCAUUUCUGCCAUGGACAUGUUGCAAGAAUCUAAGGGGAACAUCGUAGUCAUCUCUUCCAUGAGUGGACGUCUUCCAAGCCCCUUCAGCAUCUCCUACUCCACAGCCAAGUUCGCAGUGGAAGGAUUCUACACCUCGCUGCGUGCCGAGAUGCACCUGCGGAAAAUGGACCUGCCUAUCACUGUGGCUGUGCUGGGGUACAUCAACACAGAUAUGGCCCUGAAGUCAGUGGGCGAUAAAAUCACCCAGAAGGCGAGUCCCAAAGAAGACUGCGCCCGGCAGGUGGUGAAGGGCGGAGUGCUGCGCCACCGCGAGGUCUUCUAUCCUUACUGGGCUGUGAAACCCAUCCUGCUUUGCCGAGAGCUGAUGCCAGACCUCGUGGAUCAAGUCAUAGGCUACAACUACAAACUGGAGAACAUCCUGUAAGAACUUGUGGCUCGAAGUGGCUACUCAGCACCAUCUGCGUCUCACAAAGAUCAGGACUGCUUGCUAGUUCCACCCACAGCAUUUGCCGCAAGGGAAAACUAAAACAUUUCACACCCAACCCUGGAGCAAAGAUAACAGUGGACAAGGCGUCUCCAUUUCUCCCUUUUUUCCUGAGCUCCCUCUUACCCUGGCAUAGGAUUUCUAGUCCUUGCCUGUUAUGCAAAUGCAGCUGUUGCAGUGUGUAAAAUGCAGCAGCAAAUCAA